AUGGACCAAUCGACACCAGGAACCUCCCCUGGUGAGGGCGGUGAACAAGCGGGGGAAACACUAACCCCGAAGAGGCAACUAGCAGCCCGGGGAGACAGAGAGACCAGCUGUUUGUUCGCCGCGUUCAACGGUGACACGAAUCGAAGAGCGCAUCUCGAGCUCGAGAUGCGGGACUACACCAUGUCCGAAUCACUCUCUAUUGCAGUUGACCCGGUAGCAUUGGUGACCACCGAAUGCAUUACCGUCACCUCAUCCAUGCGGAAGCAAGCCCGCUGGGCUCACUCCUCCGUCUCCGCGAUCCUGGGCGGCAAUGGUGGCUCACGGCUAUAUGAACAGGACGUCUCGGCGCCAUCCAGUCCACGCAAGAGUGGUCAAUUCACCAGGAAUGGAGAUGAAAACCAUGACCUGGCCAGCCGAUGGGGUCUCCGAGGAAAGAAGGGCAAGAGCUUGCAGGAUAACCCGUUGAUGUCGGCCUUCACCCGUCUCCGCAGUGAUCUCAAGGGUUGUAAGGAUAUCAGAACAUUCGACACGCCGGCCCUUCUCCAUCCAUUUCUCCAGGUCAUCCGCUCUUCCUCCACGUCGGCAACAAUUACGUCUCUCGCUCUGGUCGCCAUCACCAAGUUCUUCUCUUAUAACAUUAUCAACCGAGACUCGCCCCGCCUGCCUCUGGCCAUGCAGCUUCUCUCGGCUGCAAUUACACAUUGUCGUUUCGAAGCGAGUGAUUCCUCGGCAGAUGAAAUAGUACUGCUCCGGAUUCUCAAACUGAUGGAAGGCAUGUUGUCGCGGCCAGAAGGAGAACUACUGGGUGACGAAAGUGUUUGCGAAAUGAUGGAAACGGGGUUGAGCAUGUGUUGUCAAGGCCGACUGUCAGAAGUCCUGCGGAGGUCUGCCGAGAUGGCCAUGGUCAACAUGUGUCAAGUCAUAUUCAUGCGACUCUCACAUCUCGACCAAGAGACGUCGCCGGGCCCGGAUCCCUUUGCAGAUGAACACGGCAAGACGGACCGAUCACAGUUGAAGAUGGACCCAUCUGUGAACGGCGACACGGUGACCUCUCAACAUCAAUCGGCGAUCAGCUCAGACACAGCAGGCCCGGAGCGAGCGACGCUAAGUCGUGAGGGUUCCCCGGAAGGAGCUGAUGAAGCGACCGUCGCAGCUACGGCACCGCCUACUAUACAGGAUGAUUCCGAGGUCGAGCUGAAACCCUACUCUCUUCCCUCCAUUCGCGAGCUCUUUCGGGUGCUCAUCGAUCUUCUCGACCCUCAUAACCGCCAACAUACGGACACCAUGAGAGUGAUGGCCCUUCGUAUCAUUGACGUCGCUUUGGAAGUGGCCGGUCCGUCCAUUGCUCGACACCCCAGCCUUGCUACGCUAGCCAAGGACGACCUCUGUCGCUACUUAUUCCAGCUGGUUCGCUCUGAGCAGCUUCCCAUUCUCACGGGAUCUCUCAGAGUGGCAGGGACCUUGUUGUCUACCUGCCGGUCGGUACUGAAGUUGCAACAAGAACUCUAUCUUUCAUAUGUAGUCGCUUGCUUGCACCCGCGAGUUGAAAUCCCUCGCGAGGCAGGCAUUGACCCUUCUCUGUAUGAGGGGGUUCCUCGUGUGCCGAAACUCGUGAAGCAGCCAUCCUCCCAGACGAAUAGUGGUCGGUCUACUCCUGUGCCUGUCAAGGAUAGGCAGAAGCUGGGCAUGGAAGGUGGGUCGCGAAGACCGGAAGCCCGAGAAGCUAUGGUGGAAAGCUUGGGUUUGCUUUCGCGGAUUCCGAGCUUCAUGGUUGAACUAUUCGUCAACUACGAUUGCGAGGUAGAUCGAGCAGAUCUGUGUGAGGAUAUGAUUGGCCUUCUUUCCCGCAAUGCAUUCCCAGACUCUGCGACGUGGAGCACGACUAACGUGCCUCCAUUAUGUCUCGACUCUUUGUUGGGCUAUGUGCAGUUCCUCUAUGAUAGAAUGAAUGAUGAGCCAGUUCAAGGGGAUUAUCCUCCAUUGGAUCGUCUUCGAACCCAGCGACGAACAAAGAAGCUUAUCAUCAAGGGUGCGAACCUGUUCAAUGAGGAUCCAAAGGCAGGAAUCGCCUACCUGGAAAGUCACGGUAUCAUCGAAGACGCAAAGAACCCUGUGCUCGUUGCUCGUUUCCUUAAAGGCACGGGGCGUCUGUCGAAGAAAGUCCUUGGCGAAUUCAUUUCGAAGCGAAACAAUGAGGAGUUGUUGAAUGCCUUCGUGGACCUUCUGGACUUCUCCGGCAAGAACGCCGUGGAGGCACUUCGAGAGCUGCUGAGCGCGUUCCGUUUGCCUGGAGAAUCCCAGCUGAUUGAACGUAUCAUCACCACCUUUUCUCAAAUUUAUAUGGACAAAGCCCAGCCAGAGGCGAUUGCCGACAAAGACGCGCUUUAUGUGCUGACGUAUGCAAUUAUCAUGCUGAAUACCGAUCUUUACAAUCCCAACGUCAAAUCGCAAAACCGAAUGUCUUUCACUGCCUUUGCGAGAAAUCUUCGGGGCGUCAACGGAGAUAGCGAUUUCUCCGAAGAAUUUCUCCAGUCGAUUUACGAUUCCAUCAAAGAAAAUGAAAUCAUUUUGCCCGACGAGCAUGAAAACAAACACGCCUUCGAUUAUGCUUGGAAGGAGAUGCUACUUAAAUCUUCAACCGCUGGGGAAAUUGUGAUAGGCGACACCAACGUGUUUGAUGCGGAGAUGUUUGCUGCGACGUGGAAGCCGGUCAUCGCAACCCUGUCUUACGUCUUCAUGUCAGCAUCCGAUGAUGCUGUCUAUUCUCGAGUAGUGACCGGGUUCGACCAGUGUGCACAGAUUGCGGCACAUUACGGUUUAACGGAACCGUUCGACCGUAUCGUGUCGUCGCUCGCAUCAAUCAGCACCUUGGCAACCACUAAGCCACCCAGCACUGCUCUGAACACCGAGGUACAAGUUGGGAAGAAGAGCGUGAUGGUCAGCGAGCUAGCCGUCAAAUUCGGAAGAGAUUUCAGGGCACAGCUGGCGACUGUAGUUCUUUUCCGAAUUUUGGCGGGCAAUGAAUCCACGCCGAAGCAAGCGUGGGAACAUGUCGUCCGGAUUCUCAGCAACCUCUUCAUCAAUUCUCUCAUUCCGCCCCUCGACUCACAAUUGACCGCCGAAUUGGGCAUUUCUCCUAUACCCCUGCAGCCCCCGUCACAAGUUGUAGACAGAGAUGGCCGUGCCAAUGAAAGUGGCUUAUUGUCUGCAUUCACCUCCUAUCUGUCAAGUUACGCAGCAGAUGACCCUCCAGAGCCAUCUGACGAGGAACUUGAAAACACGCUUUGCACAGUCGACUGUGUUGCGGCUUGUCUGAUCCCCGAAACUUUGAACAAUAUCAAAUCUUUGCCGUUAUCUUCACUAGAGUCUCUGGUCGGCGCUCUGUUGUCGCAACUUCCCGAGGAGAAUGCAUCCGCGGUCAUCGUUGUGAAACCGGAACGCCCGAGCCCGGUGAUGAGAUCACCAGGCUCUCGAGCUGAUCCAAACCGACCAAAGUACGAUCCGUCAAUGAUAUUCAAUCUGGAACUAGCCACGGUUCUUACUCUUCGUGACGAACAAACAUUGGCAAGCCUUGGUGAAUCGCUGGCAACAACUCUGCAAACUUUUACACGGGAUGCGAAGAAUUUACAUCCUUUGACUGUAUCUCGCGUUGUUUCUUACCUUCUGAACUUGCUCAGGCUCAGUCACAAUCAGCAUUUCCUUCGAGUCCCCGUCGUGCUCCAUGCGAUCUCCGGAUAUGAUCAAGACGUUUUGGAUGCCGUUGCUGUCCCCACCGUCCAAGGUCUAUCGCGAUGUAUUUCUCACACUGGCCGCCUACGAAAUGAGAUCGCUAUAUCUCCUGACUUCUGGUCCAUCUUGCAACGUUUGCAUCAGCAUGAGGAGGCUAGCCCACUUGUUUUCGAGUUACUUGAGAGCAUCAUAUACUCCAUGCCGGACAUUAUCACAGCCGACAACUACGAGUCGGCGGUCGCGCUCGCCAAUGACUUUGUUACUGCGGGUCAUGUCGGUUCGAUUGACGAGCGGCAGAGAGAUGCUCACGCUCGACGGACUAAGGGCAUCAAGCCGCCCAAGGCUAGCGAGAACAAACUCGUCACUAGAGCGGUCAAAUCACUUGGUUUGAUUUAUCACCUGACUGGGCGGGUCCCCCCGCUCGUCAAGCAGUCUCACCUUGAAGAGCGCGAAGCCUGGUCGGCGUACUGGUCACCAAUCUUUGAGUCUCUUCGAGGCCAGUGCACGAACCCGUGUCGUGACAUCCGUCAUCAUGCCAUCUCCACUUUACAACGAGCUCUCUUGUCCGUCGAGCUGAUUUCAGGCGACGACAAAGAGUGGAGUGCUCUUUUCGAUGAAGUUCUCUUCCCUUUAAUUCUACGUCUCCUCAAGCCUGAAGUUUACCACUCCGACCCUGUGGGUAUGGGUGAAACUCGGGUGCAGGCAGCCACUCUGGUCUGUAAAAUUUUCCUCCGUUUCCUGGAUCAGCUGCCUAACCGUGAGGGCAUGCUCCCACUCUGGCUGCAAAUUCUGGAUAUCCUCGAUCGAAUGAUGAAUAGCGGUCAAAGUGAUAGCCUGGAAGAGGCCAUCCCUGAAAGUCUCAAGAACAUAUUGCUUGUCAUGGCUGAUGGUGGCUACCUGGUACCUCCAUCCCAGGAUGCAAGCAAGGAAAAUAUCUGGGUCGAGACUCAUAAACGCCUGGAUCGAUUCCUACCCAAUCUUUUCCUCGAGGUCUUCCCUGACGCUGAUAAGCACCCGGGUAAGGCGACAGCCGAGUCGGUCAUUGCACCUCCUUCUCAAACCGACGGCGCGGAUGUGAGCAAGACGGAAGAAGAUGGGUCGCAGCCUCCAGCGUCUGUCGACGUGGAGACAGACACAGCUGCCUCCACUACCACAGCGAACCCUUAG